UCUUCUAAUGAAAUUACCACAUAUAUAUAAAAAAGGUCUACUAUUUAUUAAGUAAAUAAUUUCAGUAUUUUAAGUCAUAAAUGGAUCCUCGUCCUGCAAUAUUUACAUCAUUAUUACACGAAAUAGCAGUUGUAACUCUAGUAUGCUUGGGUCAAUUUCUUACCCAAGCUGGGGUAACCAUGUGUUUGAGUUCCAUGAAUAUUAUUUUUGAUACAUUUGAGAGUUCAUCAGGUAAUGAUUCUUUGAAAGUUUGGUUUAUGAGUUCAUUUGCUUUAACAAUAGGUACUUUUAUCUUAAUUAGUGGGAAAUUAGGAGAUUUAUUUGGACACAAGACUAUUUUUAUUUUAGGUUGGAUAUGGACAUGCAUUUGGUCACUUAUAAUUGGUUUUUCAGUAUAUCCCAAAUCAAUAGUUUUCUUCAUUAUUGGUCGGGCAUUUCAAGGUAUAGGUUAUGCUAUGGUUUUACCUUGUGGUAUAGGAAUCUUAGGUAAUAUAUAUCCCCAAAACAAUUCAAGAAAAAAUUUGAUGUUUGGAAUAGUCGGGGCAAAUGGGCCAUCUGGUGCUAUGGUUGGAGCUCUUAUUGGAGCUGCUAUAGCUCAAAGUUGGUGGUGGCCAUGGUUAUUCUGGUUGUUAGGUAUUCUUUGUGCAUUGCUUGCAGUCUGUCUGAUGUUUAUUAUUCCAGCGAACAUUAAUAUUCAACAUACCCCCGCAAAAGAAUUAAUUAGAAAGUUUGAUUUUAUAGGAUCUACUACAGGAGUAAUAGGUUUAAUUUUAUUGAAUAUUGUUCUAGUACAAGGACCAAUCGUGGGUUGGAAUCAUGGUUAUGUGAUAGCAUUGUUAGUAGUGAGUGUAUUGUUAAUUGUUGCAUUUAUUAUACUUGAACUAAAGUUCAUUGAUAAUCCUUUACUUCCUAAAUCAAUUUUCAAAGUCAAAAUAGGUUUGAUUCUACUUUGUAUUUCAUUAGGUUGGGGAUCAUUUGGGGUAUGGCAAUAUUAUUAUUGGACAAUAAUUUUAAACUUAAGAGAGUAUACACCAAUAGACGGAGCUCUUACUUAUGUUCCAUUCUUAGUAUUUGGAAUUCUUGCUUCAAUGAUAGUAUCGAUAAUCAUUUCUCGAAUAAGACCAUCCUUAAUUAUUUCAUUUGCAUCAAUUUGUUUUAUGAUAGGAUGUUUAAUGUUAUCCAUAAUGCCAAUUCAUCAAUCAUAUUUUGGUAUUUCACUCGGACAGAUGUUUAUUCUUUGUUGGGCAAUGGAUAUGAGUUUCCCUGCUGCAUCCAUUAUUUUAUCUGAUUAUUUACCUAUGCAACAUCAAGGUAUGGCAGGUUCAUUAGUUACUACAGUUAUAAAUUAUUCAGUUUCAUUCUUUUUAGGUUUAUCAAAUACAGUUGAAAUUGAAGUAUUUAAUAGAAAUGGUCAUAAUAUAGUAGAUAGUUAUAGAAAGGCUAUUUUAUUUGGAGUGGGAGUCGCUGCCCUUGGGGUCUUAAUGUCAUUCGUUUUAGUGUUUUUACUGAAAGACGAUCGAAAUGGAACUCAAUUUGUAACUGAUAGUGAUACAGAAUUACAAAUUGAAGAUUCAAAUAUUCUGGAGAAGAAAUCUAAUGAUUUAUAGAUAGUUAAUGAACAAUAAUGAACAGAAAUGUAUAAUAAUGUAUAAUAAUGUAUAAUAAU